AUGCAAAAAUUUGAGCUAGUUUGUCAAGAGUUGGGUGUCCCUAUUGCUGAAGAUAAAACGGUACUAUCAAGUCCAGUGCUAGUAUUUUUAGGUUUGGAAAUAGAUUCUGUCAAGCGCAUAAAAAUACCUAUUGACAAACUACAGGCCCUUGCGAGCCUAUUGCAUGGAGUUCGAGUUAAGAAAAAAGUAACUCUUAAAAAACUCCAGUCUUUGGCAGGAUCCCUAAAUUUCUGUGUAAGGGCUAUCCCAUCCGCACGUGCAUUUAUUCGGCGUUUUUAUAAUGCUAUGUCAGGGGUGAAGAAGAGUCAUCAUUUUAUUAGGGUUACACAUGGCAUGACAGAGGACAUUCAGGUCUUGCUUAUGUUUUUUGAGCUUUACAAUGGCUAUUGUAGUUUCCCGGAGAGAUUCUGGGUAGACAACUCUCAGCUGGAGCUCUAUACUGAUAGUGCUGGUGGGGAUGGAAGUAAAGGUGGAGGGGCCUAUUUCCAUGGGAAAUGGGCAUUUAUUUCCUGGCCUAAACAGUGGAUUGCAUCUGAUGUUAUUCGUGACAUUACUUUUCUGGAACUUGUGCCUAUAGUCAUGUCAACAUUUAUUUGGGGGGCAGAAUUACAGAAUAAAAAAAUCCUAUUGCAUACUGAUAAUCAAAGCUUGGUUACAAUUUUGAACAAUAAAACCUCUAGGUCUUGUAGAAUCAUGGGUCUUGUCCAUCCCUUGGUAUUGCGGUGCAUGCUUCAUAACAUACAAUUCAGGGCAUUGCAUAUCCCAGGAAAUACUAAUUCUAUUGUUGAUGCCAUCUCUCGCAAGCAGUGGGAUCGUUUCCGGUCUUUAGCUCCGCAUGCGGCUCGGCUUCCGGAAGUAAUACCAGCAGCAUUCAAACAGCUCAUCUCCAGCAUGAAAUUGAGAGAAUUUUGA